AUGGAUUAUGAUGAGUAUCAUGGUGGACCACCAUUAGCUGGAGAGCCUCCACCACCACCACCACCACCACCUCCCAGAGGCCCGCCACCACCACCUCUACCAUUAGUAGAUGGAGGUCCGCCACCUUCAGUAGAUGGAGAUAGAGGGCCUCCACCACCACCUCCUGGAGGCCCGCUACCACCACCAGCUCUACCAGCAGCUGGAAGUCGGCCACCUCCAGUAGCUAGAGAUGGAGGGCCUUCACCACCACCUCCUGGAGGCCCGCUACCGCCACUAGCUCUACCAGCAGCUGGAGGUCUGCCACCUCCAUUGGCUGGAGAUGAAGGGCCUCCACCACCACCUCCAGCACUCCCAAGAGCUGGAGGCCCGCCGCCUCCAGUAGAUGGAUGCCUGCCGGUGCUUCCUCAUGGAGUGGCACCUGUGCUCCCUCCACGAGGAGCCCCUCCUGCCCCAGAACUGCCUUUGCUGCAACAGCAAAGGCAGCACAUUAAUGCCCAGCUCAGGGAUAUGAACAGACAAAUAUAUGCCAAUUUAACAAGGAGAACUGGCAGGGGUGGAGGUAGGGGCCGUAGGCCGAGGUCCCGACGGGCCUCAGUCAAGAACUAUAACUUUUAUUAA